AACGCUUCAUGUCUAUCCCAGAUGGUUUCAGACAGGGAACCGAACGCUCCAUGUCUAUCCCAGAUGGCUUCAGACAGGGAACCGAACGUUUCAUGUCUAUCCCUGAUGGUUUCAGGCAGGGAACUGAACCCUUUAUGUCUAGACAGGGAACUAAACCCUCCACCUCCAGGCUCCGAACACGGAAUGUGAAAUGUAAGGGGGAGAUCAUCAACGGAAAAUGUUAUCAGUUCAACCCCAAGCCUCUGGCCUUCCAGGAAGCACGGGCCUCAUGCAGAGCUAUCACCCCAAAUGCUGACCUUGCAUCUGUAACCAGUGGUGAUCUGCAUUCUCGCCUGGUUUCCCUAGUAACCAAUGGUGGCAAGCGCAGCCCUCCAAUGACAUGGCUGGGAGGCACGGUCAAGAACCAGAAGGCAUCAUGGUUAGAUGGGUCAGAAUGGAGCUACAGCGAUUGGAUGCCAGGUCACCCCAACAUUCACACUGACAAACCUGUCUGUGUGGAGAUGUUCAUGAUUGAUGAGACCUGGUGGACUGCCGCCGACUGUGAGGUGAAGAGAGCAUCCAUCUGCUCGUACCCGCUCACUGCAUGAAAACCACAAAGAAACAGUAUAAGAGAGGGGCCCUUUUGAUUUUGGUCUCUUUUGUGUGAACUGUUUGUCUGUAUGAACUUCAAUAAAACAGAGCAUGCUACAUAUGUGUUUUCUUCUCUAAAAAACACAACAUUUUUACCUCAGCCACAGCAGUCACUCUUUAUUGUCCUGUUA